AUGUUUGUAAAAGCAGCAUCAGCAGCAGCAACAGCCUUGGAGGUCUCAGCUGCACCAAAAACCUGUAAAUCGAACAAUGAAUGCAAAGACAAAUACUGGUGCAACAAAAGAAGAUGUACUCCUAUGGUUAAUAUUGGAGGAAAGUGUAAAAAGAAUGCUCAAUGCAUGGACAAGUUAAAAUGCGUAGACAAGAAAUGCCAAAUUCUGAGAAGUAGGCCAUUAAGGAGAUGCAUAUUUAGUAAUGAAUGCAAGCACAGAUACUGGUGUGACAAUGGAAUGUGUGUUCCUAUGGUUAAACCUGGAGAAAACUGUACAAGGAAUGUUCAAUGCUUGGAGCAGUCAAAGUGUGUAAAUGGCAUUUGUGAGGAAACUUGUAGGACUGACAAUGAUUGCUUACAAUAUGAGAAUGGCAGAUAUAAAUACUGCACUACGGGAGGACUUGGUGGUAUACUAAAAGGAAAGUGUGGAAUGAAACAUGAAUUUGGGUACCGCUGUGGAAGAAGUCCAGAAUGUCUUGGUAAAAUGUUCUGCAGAAAUGGGAAAUGUAAAAAGGCCGAGGAAGUGGUCCAAUGCAGUCUGAACUGUUAUGGACCAAACCCUAAGAAACCUGAUACUAUCAGACCAAAUUCAACUGUGAAGGUCAUCUACAAUUGUAUCUUCUUGCGAAGAGGAGAGUAUGGGCAUAUGAAUGUUAGAGCUAAGAUAUGGAUAAACAAAAAACAAAAACCGAUUGGCAAAGUGAAUGGUUUGUCUCCCCAAAUCUUCAACGGAUCAUACACAAAGAAAGCAAGGAAGGGGGAAUUUUCAGCAAGGCUAGUGGCAAUAAUGAGCACUUGUGUCAGCUUAAAGGCAGACUGUGGGUCUAACAGACAAUGUAUCUUAUCUGCGGGACAAUAGAACAGUACACUUGCCUUCCCUAGACUCAUCUUUUGCUAUACAGCAACAUUAUACAAUGGACAUACAUGUAUUAAACUAUCCUCAGGUGUACUUACCUUUUGUAAAAUAGGUAUUUUUUAAUCAUCAUUGUACCUAUAAUGGAUUCCAUGACAUAAUAAUAAGAUACCAAGACUUAAAAGUUUGUCACUUUACAAAAGGUUGGGAAUUCAUCUCUGGGCUUUACCUACUUUGUUCAACAAAACAAAUUAAUAAAGUUUUGAGAAAUUGAAAAAAUUGUUGUUUUAUGAGUACAAGUGCAAAUAUUGUAGGAGUCCUAUUAUAUGCCAUGAUAACCAUCAUAGUCUGAUUGUUCAGAUGAAAAAAAGCAAUGGUUGUAAUACUUGGACAUUAUGCCAAUGUCUAGACU